AUGUCAGCAGUCGAAAUCCAACGGAGGACUGCUUAUUCCAUCUCUGAAAUCCUCAAAAAUUUCGACACGUACGCCGAUGCUACUAUUGGCCGGAAUGACGCGGUCCGCCAGUUGAUUGCUCAGUCGAAAGCUACUCGAAAUGGGCAACCGCGGGCUUAUUCUAGUGCUCUUUCCAAGUUCGAAUUUGACCAUGGAGGGCGAGGCGCCAGAAUUGUUUUCCGACGUGCCGGCAUUCAUGACCAAAUUGUCGGCCGAAAAGCCCUCGAUGAGAUUUUGCUUGCCCGCGUUUCAGACGAACAAAUUCAGCGCGGGAGCCUUCGGCUCCGUCUUCGAUUCCGCGUCGGGGCCAACGAUGUCAUUGUCCCCGUUGAUUUCCGAUUGCCCAACAAAGGAUCAAACAAACAAGAUGUUCACGGCCUUGUUUUUGCCAUGGACUCCGCGAUGUAUCAAGUUCGCGAUCCUAAAGUCACCAACGACGCGAAAGUCAAAUUUCGCCGCGCCUUCUUGGAGAGGGUUGCUCGCUGGGCGACCUUGACCGUGGUGGCUCUCACCAAAUAUUGGGUUCACGCUGGUCCCUGCUCUUUCGAAUUAGCCGGAGUGCCCCGAGAGACCGCCGAGGCUCACCCAGAUGAAUCUACCGCCUAUUCCUUUCGCGGGCGAAAUCCCUGGCUUGUUUUCCUGAUCUGGUGCCAGUACAUGCAUGGGCGCGUCGUUUCUUGCAAUCGAAAUCCUGACUGGCCUAUGAACCGCGUCCCCAUUCAACUACUUUUCGACCGAGAUCAACUGAAUAUCCCUGGGUCGCCCCAGGCGAUAAUUCUUACCGCGAUUAAAGCCGUUCUUGGUGACCAAAUCUUUGCCGGUGAUGGGCUCCAGCGACGCGACCACGGGGAGUUUACGCGAUUCCAUCAUGACAACUCUUAUAAGCUCCUCUCACUUAAUCUACGUAAUCGCGCUCAACUCUUUCCUAUCCCCUCCAUCUUGUUUCUCAAGAUGCUGGCUUGCUACUUCUACAACAACAACGACGAGCAGUAUACUUACUACGUCGCCGGGGCCUUUUACCUUAUUGGCGUUUACGGUAGCCCUGAAUUCGCGCUCUACCAUGGCAUUUGGAGGCUCCUGCUCCAGUUCAUCCAUGACGCAGGCAUCUACAAGCCGCUUGUCACUCGCGUUCGUCGCGGAAACGAGGAAGUGAAGUACUUUCCCCGCGAUACUUUUUCAAAAGCCGGCCCGGCUCGUCUCUUCCCUCUUGGCACGAUCGAGCCUUUCUUGGGCACGCGUCAUCUCUCCUCCCUGUUAGCCCCUGGGGCCUCCAUGGAUCGAUGUCCCUUUUACUCGCUCGAUCAGGAUGUACCGCCACUGGAGCGUCGAGCGCAACACGGUCUACGAUGGCCUGGCAACCGCGAUAUUGAGCGACAACAGCAACGCUACCGCGCUAUCCCAAGCUUGCUUGGUGGUUUUGGCCGAUACCGUGCUAUUGCUUAA